GCUAGUGUUGUUUCCGCUAGUGGUAAAAUUGAUCAAAUAUAACUACUCCUUAUAAAAGUAAGUUUAAAGUAGAAAGGACAGAGCGGCUCUGACAGUAACACGGUGUGCUGCACCGUGAAUGCUGCUGUGAGCUUUAAACGGCUCCCAGGUGAACUCUCCUUCCGUGGCGGGAUCAGAGUUGAUGAGAGCCGGUUUACUGGCUGUCAGGGAGCCGCUAUCAGCCUAAUCACAGCUGAACUGUGACCCCGGACCUCUGGACUCCGUCGCAGUAAAACUUGUGCGGGUUUUCUUCUGUUUCUCUAUUCGAGCCAAGAUGAAGAGGAGACUCCUGCUGGUGUCCAACUCCACUUUGCACGGCAGUGGUUACCUGGAGCACUGUCAGCAGCACAUCUCCAGCUUCUUUGGAAAAGACGUGAAGAGGGUGCUGUUUGUUCCUUAUGCUCUCCAUGACAGAGACGCCUACACUAAGUUAGCCAGGGACAAGUUUAAGACUCUCGGUUAUGAGGUGGACAGCAUCCACGAGGCCUCAGACCCUGUUGAUGCUGUCCGGAAGGCCGAGGGCAUUUUUAUAGGUGGAGGCAACACUUUCCGGCUGCUGAAGAGUCUUUAUGACAACAAGGUGGUGACGGAGAUCAGGAAGAGAGUGAUGGAGGAUGGUGUCCCCUACAUGGGCUCCAGUGCAGGCACUAAUGUGGCCACCAUCAGCAUCAGUACCACUAACGACAUGCCCAUUGUUUUCCCUCCAUCCUUCUCUGCCAUUGGUCUCGUCCCCUUCAACAUCAACCCGCACUACCUGGACACCGACCCCACCAGCCGCCACAUGGGGGAAACAAGAGAGCAGAGGAUCACCCAGUACCACGAAGAACCCGAUACUCCGUGUGUCCUGGGUCUGAGGGAGGGCUCCCUGCUGCUAGUGGAGGGAAACAAAGCCACACUGCUGGGAACCACUAAGGCCAGACUGUUCACCAGGAAAAAGCCCACAGUGGAGUAUGAACCAGGCAGUGACCUUAGCUUCCUGCUAACUGAUGCACAAUGAUCGGUCAAAUGGAAGCAAGACGAGGAACACAAAGUUUUUAAUGUCUCUGGUUGGAACAGAAUAAAGAUUUUAAGGAAAUGUC